AUGGCCCACCCAAGCACCCUCCAUGUUGUUGAAGAGGCUGCAUCCUGCGGCAACGCUGAGAACGAAGACACCUAUUUCGGGCUCCGGGUCGCCUCUUUGUUCAUCAUCCUCGUCACUUCUACCCUCGGCGCCGUAUUCCCAAUUCUGGCCUCCCGCCUCCGCUUUCUAAAUAUUCACAAGAGCAUAUUUGAAGGUGCCAAAUACUUUGGUUCUGGUGUAAUCAUCGCAACAGCCUUUAUCCAUCUGCUUGCACCGGCCGUCGGACAGCUUGGCUCCGAAUGCUUGCAUGGUGUAUGGGAAGAGUACCCAUGGGCUCCUGCCAUCGCCAUGAUGGCUGUGUUCUUCAUCUUCUUUGUCGAGCUUGCGGCCUAUCGAUGGGGAACUGCGAAGCUUGAUGCCCUUGGUGUUAAAGCGUAUGACAACCACGGACAUGCUCACGACAGCGCGGGUCGUCAUGGUGCCCAUGGCCCGGAAAUCUCUGAGCAAGGUGGCACCCACCCAGAAAAGAUGCCCAACGCAAGUGACUCUGAAAUCGAAUCCUCCCAACCUAUCGCACGCCCAAAUAGGCUCACACAUUCGGCACUUGCCCAGAUUCUGGGGGUUGCCAUUCUUGAAUUCGGUGUCGUAUUCCACAGCAUUUUGAUCGGCAUGACCCUUGCCGUGGACGAAGAUUUUAUCGUCCUUUUCGUUGUUUUGAUCUUCCAUCAAAUGUUCGAAGGCCUAGGUCUUGGGACCCGGCUUGCUGGUCUCGAUCUUCCAGCAUCAUAUCGUUCAUGGGUUCCCUAUGCCGGUGCUUUCCUGUACGGUCUCACAACUCCGAUCGGCGUCGCGGCUGGGCUCGGUAUCAGGACGACCUAUAACCCUGGUUCGACAACAAGCAGCAUUGUGGGUGGAAUCUUUGAUUCCAUCUCGGCGGGCAUUUUGCUCUACACUGGAUUAGUCGAGCUGAUUGCGCAUGAGUUCAUCUUCAACCCUGCCAUGCAUCGCGCGCCAACAGGUAAACUUGCCUAUGCAUGCGGGAUGAUGUGCCUUGGAGCAGGAUUGAUGUCUCUUCUUGGUCGAUGGGCGUAA